GGUACAGUCGAUGGAAAACGUAAUUAAGAAAUGAAACGCAAACGGCCGCACUCAUCAAGCGUCGUAUGAUAGCUGACGCACAGACAUGUACCUCGCAAUCAGAAAGAUGCGUUAUUUCCUCUUUUGUCUCCUGUCUCUAUCCCUUCACAUAAACUUCGCGUUCGUUCUGGACAAACAGAAUCCAUAUUCGCAAUUCAAAAAAUGGAAUGCCGCUCUGAAUGGCACAUUGGAGCUUGAAUUUAAAACGGAUCAACCUAACGGUCUACUAUUGUAUACAGAUGACGGGGGCACAUAUGACUUUUUCGAAUUGAAAUUAGUGAAUGGUGCGUUAAGGUUGCGCUACAACUUGGGUGGUGGUGCGCAAAUUAUAACUGUUGGGAGCAAUUUGAACGAUGGACAUUGGCAUAAAGUUCAGGUUGCCAGACGUGACGAACACACAUCUCUAACAGUGGAUGGAAGCACGCAGAGCAAAACGUCGAGAGGCAAAGAGUUUAUCUUUGGAAAAUUCAAUAGUAACUCCGAUGUCUUCGUUGGCGGUAUACCAGCUUCGUAUAAUGCAAAGCUGACAGCCCUGGCUCUUCCAUCGGUCAUCUUCGAACCCAAGUUCCGCGGCGCCGUUAGAAACCUGGUCUACUCGGAUAUUCCUGGUCAGCCGCCUAGAAGACAGGAACUACGACAUUCCAGAGACUUAAAAUCGUCAAGAAUAAAUGCUAGCGGUGAUGCCUGUGAACGAAGAGAUCCAUGUCAACAUGGAGGGGUUUGCAUUAGCACUGAUGAUGGACCAAUUUGCGAGUGUCGUGAUGGGGACUACGAAGGGGCCUUUUGUGAGCGAGAUAAGGCGCCUUCAGAAGCGACAUUCAGAGGAGCUGAGUUCCUUUCAUACGAUCUCACGCAGACUGGAGGUGAACCCAUAGUCAGUACUCAAGAUGCCAUAUCAUUGUAUUUCAAGACAAGACAGCCAAACGGACUCCUAUUUUAUACUGGACACGAAGCAGAUUACCUGAACUUAGCUGUACGCGAUGGAGGCCUGUCUCUUACAAUGGGACUUGGUAACGGCAAGCAGGAGAUGCAUAUCAAGCCCUCCAAAACGAGAUUCGAUGACCACCAGUGGCAUAAACUUACAGUUAGAAGAAAAAUACAGGAAAUAACGCCUUUUACCAGUUUCUGUCGGGUAUCAGCAGUCGUAGAUGAUGUGUACUCUGAGCACGCGCACGUUGCUGGUUCAUUCACGAUGCUGGCCAGCUCUCGAGCGCACGUCGGCGGAUCUCUCAACACUAGAGCUUUGCCUGGUGCAAGAGUCCAUACCAACUUUAUUGGAUGCCUAAAGAAAGUUGAGUUCUCCGCGGACACUCUUCGGUUAAACCUCAUAGAUCUUGCGCGGACUGGCAGUAAACUCAUCACGGUGACCGGUCGUCUGGAGUACGCCUGCACUGCAACCGACUCUGCAGAUCCUGUUACAUUCUCCACCAAAGAAGCUCAUUUGAUCCUGCCGAAGUGGGAAGCGGUGAAAACUGGCACGAUUUCAUUCAAGUUCCGCACGAACGAACCAAAUGGCUUAAUUCUUUUCAACAUGGGCGCGAAGCCUCCAAGGGCCGACCUUUUUGCUGUUGAGAUGUUGAAUGGUUAUAUCUACGUACAUGUAGACUUGGGUUCGGGUGGAGUAAGAGUGAGGGCAUCUCGAAGACGAGUAGAUGACUCUCAUUGGCAUGAAUUUUUACUUAGAAGAACGGGUCGAGACGGAAGAGUCACCGUCGAUGGUGCAAAUGCGGAGUUCAAAACUCCGGGAGAAUCAAAUCAGUUGGAGUUAGAUGGUCCGCUAUUUGUGGGCGGAUUAGGGUCUGAGUACUCAGCCGCUAGAACCCCACCUGCUUUGUGGACUGCCGCGCUAAGACAAGGCUUUGUGGGAUGUAUACGGGAUUUGGUUCUCAAUGGAAAACCGCAGGACUUAACCGCCUAUGCGAGGCAGCAGGACUCGGCAUCAGUCCGACCUGCAUGUCAUGUGUUAAUGAAGCAAUGUGUAUCAUCACCAUGCCAACACGGUGGCAUCUGCUCUGAGGGUUGGAAUCGACCGCUCUGUGACUGCUCCUCCACCAAUUACGGUGGACCAACUUGUGGACGAGAAUCUCCAACAAUAUUUCUCAAUGGUAGCCAGCACUUGACUGCAUCGUUGGGUCUAGAACACGUUACUCAAACUGAAGAACUGUUACUGAGGUUCAAGACUAGUAAGGCUGGUUUGUUGCUGCGGACAGCAUCAGAAAAUUCCGCUGAUCGGAUAGAGCUCGCCGUUGCUGCCGGGCGAGUCAGAGCAAGUGUUAGAUUAGGAGAUAGAGAAAAGAACCUCCUCGCUGGUACAAAUGUGGCGGACUCUUUGUGGCAUACGGUCCGCUUCUCUCGACGGGCAUCGAACUUAAAGCUGCAGGUAGACGGCGGACAGCCAGUGCGCGGUACGUUAUCCGAGACUAUUCUAGGGAAAGCUUCAACCUUAGAAAUAUCAUCGUUGCACCUCGGAGGACUCUUCCAUCCCGAAGAGGAAAUCCAAAUGACAUCUACUCUACCAAAUUUCGUAGGAUACCUUCAAAACUUUGUCUUCAAUGGAAUAAAGUAUAUCGAUCUCGCUAAAACCUUGGGUAUCGGAACACAUGAAGACAACAAUAACAUUUACGAUACAUCAAAUAUUAUAUUCAAUGGGAAAUUUACAAAACCAGACUCACUCAAUGUCUAUAAGGCUGUGACAUUUAAAUCGAAACACACGUACGCAGGACUGCCAUUAUUAAAGGCUUAUGGAAACACGUAUUUGGACUUUUACUUUCGGACUACGGAAAUGGAUGGUCUGUUAUUCUACAAUGGUGGUAAAAAACAAGAUUUUAUCGCCGUAGAGUUAGUGAAUGGACACGUUCAUUGUGUGUUUAAUCUGGGCGAUGGAAUAGUUACUAUGAAGGAUAAAUUGAAGAACUUUUUGAACGACAAUAGAUGGCAUGCGGUGUCGAUUAGACGACCAACGCCGAAAGUUCAUACGUUGCAAGUUGACGAUGAUUUAGAGUUGCACACGACAAGUUCUAAUCUUAUGCUGGAAUUAGAUAGUGUUCUAUACGUGGGUGGAGUACCAAAAGAUAUGUACACAUUGCUUCCUGUUGGCGUAUUAUCAAGACAGGGUUUUGAAGGCUGUAUGUCCAGUUUGGACUUGCCGGGAGAGUCACCAUCUUUAGUGGAUGAUGUGGUUGUCCCGAGUUCGUCAUUGGUAUCCGGAUGUGAAGGUCCUACUAAGUGUACUCACAACGCUUGCGCGAACAAGGGUGUAUGUGUGCAGCAGUGGAACACUUAUGUAUGCGAUUGUGAUCUCACUUCCUUCACUGGACCUACCUGUUAUGACGAAUCCAUAGCGUAUGAAUUUGGUCCCGGUCGUGGAAUAAUCACAUACGCAUUUCCGCCAAGUGCUGUGUCAGACACGGAGACGGACAAAGUGGCUGUUGGUUUUGUGACCAGCAAAGCCGAUGCAGUUAUAUUGAGAGUUGAAUCAUCGAAUACACAGGACUAUAUGCAAAUGGAGAUCAUCCGCGGAAACUUGUUUUUUGUGUACAAUGUGGGCGAUGGCGAACAUCCGGUAGGAGAUGAAGCAGCUAGAGUAGACGACGGAGCCUAUCACGUCGCCAGUUUUACAAGAAAUGGAAGCCGCGCUGCUCUACAACUUGAUAACUACGCCGUCAAUUUGAGACAUCCACAAGGUGGGCAACAAUCAACAGUCUUCAACAGUAUGUCCAAAAUAAUCGUUGGUGGAGGCUCAGGUGGUGCAAGGUCAUUUAGUGGUGUCCUCGCUGGUUUAGUGGCUGGAAAGGUCCGGGUUCUUGAUCUGGCUGCCGCUGGCGAUCCGGCUGUUACAGUACGAGGUGAUGCUAGAAGAGCUCAGACUCCACUCGAUAGAGAUAUCAAUAGAAUGCAACAGACACCUCCAUCAGGAUAUGCUGGCCCUGGAGUACUCGAUGAGCUUGUGUAUUCAGGCGCCGGGUCAGGGUGUCGUGAUGAUGAUGAAGACGCUUGUGUGCUACCAGACGCUGGCUCGGGUGAUGACCUUAUCACCCCCGUUUACGUACCGUCUACGAGGCGACCGCCUGCCAUGCGCAAGGGUAAUUUAAGCGGUAAAUUAAUGAAGCCUUGUGACGAUGAAGAUUGCAUCGAAGGGUCCGGAUCUAACGGAGAAGAGAUAACGGAACCAGAACACCCCAUCACCACUGCUGGUAUAAGUAGCACUGCCAGUAUGACUUCACCUACUACAUCCAUAGCCACCGAUCACGUGGAAAAGGCUAUCUCAGGGUUUACAGCGGGAGGGACGGAGGGUGUUGGCACUACUAAGAGCGACCGCACCACAUUACCAGAUCACGAUAAUAUGCACGCGGGCACCGUGGAUACCGCCACUACUCCAGAAAAAGGCACUACUCCUACAGAAGAGGACACGCAUACGCACACGAGCAAUCAGUUCACACCGACAGUAACGCGACACACAGAGGCAGCGCACACAACGGAGGAAGAGAUACCAGACUAUGAAGAUCACACGCACACCAAGAUGGCAACUCGCUCACCUUAUGGCAUAGAUGAAGUGGUGCCUGGAAGCUACCCUGGAUAUAAUGGCCACGAGCCAGAAAUUACAACCAAAUGGUACCAUCCUAAAUCGACUGACAACAGAGUGGUACCACCAGAAUCUGAAUUCUUCGCGACUAUUGUUGGUAUCGUUGCGUCGGUGCUGAUAGCAAUAAUCAUUAUAGUUAUAAUAGUGCUGAAGUUGAUGUUCAAGUUGGACCCUUCGUAUAAAGUAACUGAAGACAAGAGUUACCAGCAGAGUGCUAGCGCGGCAUUGCUUGCGAAUCAGGCUCAUUCAAGUUAUCAAACCGGUUCAAAUGUACAGACAGGUGGCGCUGUUCGAAACUUGCAGCCAUUGCCUCUCAACAGGAACGGAGCAACGCCCCUCGCACCGAUGCCGCAGCCAGUUAAGCGCGAUGGUAUCAAAGAAUGGUACGUGUAAUUAGGCUGCAUAGUACAUACAGUAGUUACUGUAACGAAUACUUUUAUAGGCAGCAGGGACAUUCUUUUACGUUAAACAGAUUUGAAGAAAUUCUACUAUGAAUUAUUUUAAAAUGAAUUUUAAAUAUAUGAUGUUUUUCAAGAUUUUUACAAUGUUUACCAAAUAAUUGUUGGUUUAAUUAUAAUCUCACAUACCGGAAUCAUCAGAGGCUCCUUACCAUUUUUUUUUAAAUAAUAAUAAUUCAAUUCAAUCAAUAACUGCUGCUUAUAAAUGAACGUGUACUCUGCAGUGCUAAGGCCAUUCAAGAAAUACGAAGAUCAUUUUCUCAGAUACUUUGGUUUAAAAUGGAAUAGGUAGAACAUUUAAAGAUCAUUUCUCUCCAGGUAUCUGUUAAUAUGAUCGCCCGACUUCGCUCGUUAGAUUCGCGUGUCCAUACAAUCCUUAACGGACAUAUCAGAUAGUUAAUUUUAUAUACCAUAGUCAAUAUACCCGUAGUCGCUUUUUAGCUGGUUGUAUUUUGUCUCUAUUUGUGAAAUAAAUAUUUUAAAGGUUUUCGUUCGUAGGAAAAUAACAGCAAAUAGAGACAUAUCUGUAAAGUAUGAAGGCAUAUACAGUGUGAUCGACUGAUUCGCAAAUGUUAGUGUAAAUAAUGUAAUGUUAGUCAUUCGUGCGAUUGAAAGAGAACCAGAAAGUUUCAUAGAAUAUGGAAUUGCUUUUUACUAAAUGGAGUCUUGUAGGAUCGUUGCAAAUUGGUUAUCUGAUUGAAUAAUAGACUAAUUCUGUACAGUCUUUCUACUAAAUAAAUCACCAAACACGCAUUUUACUUUGGCUCUGACAAAUCCCGCUUACGUUACUAAGUUUACUUUUACCAUAUAAAAAUAAGAAAAUAUCGUUAAUAUUAGUGCUGCCAACACUGAAAAUUAAGCAUAUCGUUAAACUGAAGACUACGGUAAUAUUACGAUUUUCUCUUUCCUAUAUUUAAUAAAUCUUUUACAAAUAUUUUAAGAUGCCACACAAAGAUAUGUAUGAUAAUAAGAUGUAAGGGUGGAUUUUGGAAAUUCGGCGUAAAAACCUAAAGAAGAACGCUAGUUGAACUUCUGAUUGAAAAUAUAUGGUGAUCCUUUUUAAUAAAAUAUCGCAUUUAAUUCAUAUUUGAUCAUAUAAGCGACCACAAUCAAAAUUGUUGAUUAAAUUGUCCGUAAUGGCGGAAUAUAUCUAAUUGAAUUCAAAGCUGAAUUAACAACUGCUAAUGAACGACUCUUGUUCAAUAAUGCAUAUGCUAUAUUUCUAUUACAUUUGUCCAUUAAAUCCGUUUUUAGAAAAAUUACAUUCAGCUUUAGAAGAAUGGAUAAGUUUCAGGAUUACAAUAAAUAUUAUUUGUAAAAUUCUAUCGAAGGCCUACCUUACAUUAUACAAACCACAAUCAGUAACAUCAAGUUAAUAUAAAUAAAGUGUUGAAGUUUAACAUAACUUUAAAUAUUAUAAUAACUUGUGACUUAAUAUAAUGUUACACUAUUGUGGUUUAAAGCAUUAAAAUCAAAGAUAUUAAAAAUAUAUAGAGCGGGCGUUAGGAAUUUGGUUUAAUUAUAAUAAAUAAAUUUGUUGUCUAAAAAGUUAGUUUACGGACGAUAAUUUUACGCCAUAAGAAGACAUACAUGAAAAAUUGCGUACUUUUACGAAUUGAAUUAAAUUAUUAUCUCUAAUUAUAAUUAUUUUCUAUAAAUCAAACAAAUUAACUGAACAUGUUUUAUUUUCGAUACAACAACAUACAUUUGCACUCGUUAACACAUAUUUUUUACUCAAAUUAUAUAAAUUAAAAAUAACAAUUUGCUAAGAUAAAGGCUAUUGAGUGUCCCGCGCUCUCGCUUGCACGCUCGGCUCAGGCGGAACGUGAAAAUGGCUCGUGUUACGCUCGGCUCAGGUGGAACGUGAAACUGGGUCAUGUUACGUUCGGCUCAGGCGGAACGGUACAAUGAGUCAUGGUUUUUCAUUCGUGCAAACAGCGUUCAUAGAUUUAUGAGACGUUAUCACAUCAAACAUUAUAUAUAUUUCAUUUUCAAAUACAACAAUAAACGAUUUAUUUUUACUUUUGAAAUUUUCGGUUCUAUGUUUAAUGCCCGCUCUAUUUCUAAUAUUCGUCUCAAUUGCAUCCUAUUUAAAUAGGUAAGUAAUCUUAAAUUUAAAUGGCGAUAUAUUCGUAAAUACUAGGUGAGAAUAUAAAAUUAGAUGCAAGACCAAUCCCGGAAGAACAAGAUCGGAACGCAAAAUCGUUUUGUUUUUUGUUUUAUAUUCUCACCCUUCAGUAAAUAUACAUAUAGAUAAUGUAUAGGAUUGGACGAUGAACAUAUUUCUAACUAUGAUUAGUUUGUGGUUUUGAAAUGGUCAAAAUUAAACAUGUUUCAAUACCUUUUCCUCUAGCUUCUGUGUGCAAUUCUUAAACUUUUAAAAUUAUAUUAAUGCUUAAAAGUUAAUAUUCCAUCCACCGUCCCGUUUCCUCUUUCCAAAACUCAAUUAGCUUUAAACGAAUGUCAUAUUUAUAUAGAAUGUUAUAAAGCACAGGUUCUAGGUUCUACUGUAUAUAGUUAAUAUAAGAAAUAAUUACUGUAAUGCCACACUCGUUUUACGGCACAAACUUAGAAAAAUUUAUUUCCCUGUCAAUUUUAGUGUUUAAUGUGUUAGAAAUUUGUAUCGAAUUUAAUUGUUUAAUUGUAGAUUAUGAUUUUUCUGGAAGGAAAUUUAAUUGACGUUUAUCAAAUAAGUCUGCUUCUAAUAUAAAUAAAAUAUGUGUUCCAAGUUAUUGUACAGUUUAUAGACGACUUCGGUCGGACCAAGUUUUGUUCUACAUAAAUGCGAUCAAUACAAUGUAAUUUACAUCA